AAAAAAAUUUGUUUAUUGCAAACUACAGCCUUAUAGAAAUGCUGGUGACUCCCCAGAAUGCUGGUAUGCUGAUCUUGAAGAUUCUCCAGUUACAAUUCAAGCUCCGGAAUGGACAACCAAAACAGAUUGUUUAUACUUAAACGGGAGCAGUUAUCAUGGGAACAUAUCAGUAACAUCUUCAGGUAUUCCCUGUCAGUCAUGGACAGAACAAUGUCCACAUCGUCAUACCAUGAACACCACAUAUCCAGAACUAAAUAACGCGAAGAAUUACUGUCGUAAUCCCAAGAACUCAGGACAAAGACCUUGGUGUUUUACUACACAUAGGAAGAAGAGAUGGGAGUACUGUGAUAUCCCUAAAUGUACACCAGUUCAUGGUAAUUAUGGCAACUGGUCAUUGAGCAGUGCGUGUAAUGUAACUUGUGGUGGAGGUUUUGAAACAUGGACACGAGAUUGUAACAAUCCUGGACCAAAGUUUGGUGGAAGAAACUGUAGUCAACUAGGAGAAGCCAUUGAGUAUAGACCAUGUCAAGCAACACCAUGUCCUGUUAACGGUGGUUACACCAGCUGGAGUUUGGAUGUCCCAUGCAAUGUUUCGUGCGGUGAAGGAAUGGAAAUAUGGCGACGUACUUGUGAUAAUCCAGAACCAAAAUACGGAGGAAAUAACUGCAGUGAGCUUGGAAAGUCAAUCGACUUAAAGAAAUGUACAAAAAAACCAUGUCCAGUCGACGGUAACUAUGGCAACUGGACAAGAUUGUCGCCAUGUAGUGUCACGUGUGGUCAGGGUGUUGAAAUCUGGGCACGAAACUGUGAUAACCCCCCGGGAAAAUACGGUGGAAACUGCAGUAAGCAGGGAGUGGAUCAUGAAAAUCGAAUGUGCGCGAAGAAACCUUGCCAGGUUGUCUCCCACACCAAGACGAUUGGUUUCAUCGUUGCUGCUACCUUUGUCAUAGUCGUGAUAAUCCUAAGUUUAUCUUUCGUUCGUCGCAAACGACGUGGAAAAACAGAAAUCCGUGGUCAUCAUCAGCCUCAGGAAAACGGCGAACUACUUCCCCGUGUGGCUUUUGUUCCUUCUAAUGAAAGGGCGAGUACGUCAAAGACUGGUUCUGGUGUUGUUUAUCAAAACUUGACAACUGAUGGAGACCCAAUUCCAGGCCACUCGCGUGGUGUUGUAAACGACGAAGGAGAUUACGUCAAUACAGAACCUUCGCGAAGCUCAUGGUAUGAUAGACUACAGCUUUUCGGACCAUUAGCUAUUGAUUGGCUACGAAAUGCGUGGGGGAAUGUUGACGAGGAAGGUCACCAUGUUUAUGACGUCACGCAACGUGUCAGACAGGUUUAUUCCUUACGACAAGUUGGAAACACCGCGCAGGACGACUCGGCAAAAAGAAUGGAGACAAGUGAUUCAACUUAUGAUACACCUGAAAGACCACCAGUGGUUAUAUAUAGCUCAGUGUCAAGGGAAGACUGCACCAAUGACUGA